AUGUCAGCAUCGCUGGCGCCAGAAUGUAAUGACGUAAAAGAGCGUUACGACUCCUGCUUUCUGAAAUGGUACAGCGACAAAUUCCUGCGUGGAAACGCCAAGGAAGAUGAAUGCGCACCUCUUUUCAAACAAUAUAAGAGCUGCCUGGAUAAAGCUCUCAAGGAGCGAGGAAUAGAUACCAUGAUCCAGGAGGCAAGAGAGGACAACCGAGAAAAUGAUGCAGAGCACAUGAAAGGCAGUUGACAAGCAUAAAGAACGCAUUGCACGGAGUUUAGAAGCGUCUUCUGACGCACGUUGUAACAACAGACAGGGAUAUCUACUCAUGAACUAUUAUACAUCCGCUCAGCUCUUUUGAAUGUUGUCUUUUACAGAAGGUAUGAUAACAACAAAUACGAAUAUAUUCCCAUCAUCUG